AUGAAUAUAACCUACGAAUCUGGUCCAAUUGAUGACAGCUCUACCUUGGAUGAUAUAAACUCAUUAAAUUAUGAUCUAAACUCAGUGGAUAAUAAUUUUCCAUUUCCAAAAUCAAUAGUAACAACAGAUUUUAAAAAUUUUAAUACUGAAGAAAUUGAUUCAUUUUUAUAUAAAAAUCAUAGAUUUACUUCAAUAGAUCAAUUAAUCAAAGAUUUAAAAUUAUUAUCAACAAAUUUAAAUCAAAAUUUAUUAGAUUUAAUUAAUUCUGAUUAUAAAGAUUUUAUAAAAUUAGGAAAAUCAAUUAAUGGUGGUAAUGAUUUAAUUAAUAAUUUAUUUGAAGAUUUAAAAAAUUUUAAAAUGGAAUUAUUAGAAUAUAUGAAAAAAUUUGAAAGAAUUGAUGAAGAAAUUGAAAAAAUUUUAAUUACAAGGUAUAAUUUAAUUGAAUUAAAAACUAAUAUUAAAUUAAAUUUACUACUAAAUGAUCAAAUUUUGGAAUUUGAUCAAUUUAUAAACCUAUUGAAUAAAAACAAUAAGAUCCAUAACAAUAAUGAUAAAGAAAUUCAUAUUAAUAAAGGUAAUUUGAAAAAAUUAACAACAAUUUAUUUAACAAUUUUAAAUAUAAGUGAUUAUUUAGAAUCAAUGAAAUUGAAAAAUUCAAAAUUUGAAUCAGAUAAUCAAUCAAAUUUAUCUUCUUCUUCAUCAAAUUCAAAAUUAAUAAUAAGUAAUUUUGAAAAUAAUUAUAUAUAUGGGAAAAAAUCAUCAAUUAUAAUUGAAUAUAAAAGUUAUGCUAAAUCAUUAUUUAAUGAAAUUAAAAAAUAUAAAGAUGAUCCUGAUUUAGUUAUGGAAAUUUUAAAUAUUCAAAAUAUAAUACGGAAUCAUUGA